AUGUCGGGCCGCCAAGGUGAAGUGUCAGGCGAGCACGGAGUUGGGAAUCUGCAAGAGGUAACUGGGCCGUCGCAGCAGUCAAUAUCAUGUCUUGAUUCCAAGCGGGAGUGCAUCUUCAAGACAGGCCCGCGGACCCGACGGCCCAGGCAGAAGCGCCCAAACCCAGCAACAGCAGCCACCGCCUCCACCAGCAGCACCACCUCCUCUGCCGCACACGCGCCCCCGCAUUACCCUCCCCCGCCCGGCCCCUCCAAGACCUUUACCAUCGACAUCCCCAUGGCCGCCGACGACGACAUAGCCGACUCGCUCGAGUCCCUGCGCCUGACCCACGACAAGGCCAUCGGCAUGCUGGUGCCGCACGUAUCGGAGGGCGAGGACGACGGGGAUGGGGACCAGGACCGGAGGGAGUUCGACGACUUCGACGACCAGCAGCAGCAGCAUCCUCAGCAGCAAAUGGACCUAGACUACGACUGGCUCGACCAGGUCUCGGCGCCCGGCUCGGUGCUCUCGCACGACUCCUCGCUGCCGGUGGGCGCGUCCGCGCUGGCGACGCCGCCGAGCAGUGUUGCUCCCGUCGCCGCCGCCGCCGCCGCCGUCGCUGCUGCUGCUGAUGCUCAAGGGCAGGGGCAGGGGCAGGCGGAGGGCGAGGGCAAGGGAGGAGCAGGCAGUAAGGCGGGAAAGUCGCGGACGCUGGCCAGCCUGCGCCUGCAGCCGCAGUUCAACCUGGACUCGGCACGGCAGCUGCUGGCGACGUUCCGGGAGGACAUGCUGACGCACUUCCACUGCGUCGUGGUGAGCGAGGAUGACACGGUCGAGGGCAUGGCGCGCGAGCGCCCCUUCGUCCUGCUGGCCGUGCUGGCGGCCGCGAGCGGCAGCCGCAUGCUGCAGGGGCGCAGCCUGUAUGACGAGGAGUUCAGGAAAGUGCUGGGCCUGAAGUUUGUGGCGGGCGGCGAGAGGACCCUGGAGCUGCUUCAGGGGCUGGUGGUGUACAUUGCCUGGUAUCCGUUCCAUCUCCGGCCGAGGAAUAGGCAAUCGCGGCAGUACAUUGGAAUGGUUGUCGACAUCGUCAACGAUCUAGAGCUUGACGUGGACCCGGGCACCGACUCGAUGGAAGUCCCGCCCUCCCCCGAGCGGCUCGACCAGAUCCGGCUCUAUCUCGCCAGCUUUUUCCUAGUCUCAUCCUACGCCGCCGCCUGGAGUCGCACCCCGUCGCUGACCUACACCGAGUACACGGCGUGGUGCAGCGACCUCCUGCAGCGCCACAGCCCGCUGCACGGCGACCACGUGCUGGCGUGGCGGGUGCGCCUGCAGCGCCUCGUCGAGGAGACCAACGACCUGCGGCGCACCCAGCGCGGCCGCUCGCAGAGCGAGUACCAGAUCAGCCUGAUGCUGCGCGGCAUGGAGACGCAGCUGGACGAGUGGGAGGCGCGCAUCAACGCCACGAGCACCACUGCCGCCACCACCGCCACCACCACGAUGGGCCCCCACCCUCACCCGAACGUAGACAUCGCCAGCACGCCGACCAUCCGCAUCGCCCUCCUCUUCACGCGCGUCUUCCUCUCGGGCGCGCCGCUCCUCAAGCUGCCCUCGGUCAAGCUGCCGCCGACGGACGCGGCCUCGUCCUUCCGGGCCGACCCGCUCCGCCUGCGCGCCGUCAUCCCCUCCCUGCACGCGCUCUACGACUACCUCGUGGGCCUCGACCCGGCCGUGGUGAACUCCUUCAUCGGCAACGAGUGGAGCGCCCUGAUCCUGUCCGUCAUCCUCGGCUUCCGCAUGUCCUUCUCCCUCACCCUCUGCCCGGAGUGGGACGACCGCGCGGCGCGCGCGCGCAUCCGCUUCGACGAGUACAUCGCCCGCUUCUGCGACAUGGGCGGGGAGGGGUAUGCCCUGGCGGAGAUCAAGGAGCGGUUGGCCGCCGCCACGGCCGGCGCGGGGAAUGAUGGGAGUGCUAGUCAGCAGCAGCAGCAGCAGCAGCAGCAGCAGCAGCAGCAGCCGCCUAAGAGCAGACGGGGCAUGGAUGCGCUCGCCGCGAGCAAGGUCGUGCUGGACAUGGUGCGGCAGAAGUACGUGCGGCGGGUCGCCCGGCUGGAGGCGCGCGAGCGGCGGGAGCGGGAGGCCGCCGAGGCGGCGAUGCUGGCCGCUCCGCCGCCGCCGCAUCCCAUGCCGCCGCCGGGCCAUCACGACCCUUCCAUCAGCGGCUGCCCGAUGAUAGACGGCAGCCUGGAGACGUACAUCCCCUACUGGGACGAGACGUUCACGAGCAACGUGGUGGCCAGCGCGUUUGCGGCCGCGGAGGGUCAGCCCGCCGGCGCGGAGGGCGCGGCGGCGCAGGCCGAGGUCGAUCCCGCUGCCGUGCCGAAUGACUUGUGGACGGCCAUGACCACGAACUGGGGGCAGGGCGACGGGAACUUCUGA